AUGGCAAAAGAUUACCAUGCCGAGUGCCCCUUGUUUGGUGGCGCAAUAGCCAGCACAUUCCCUCUUCGAUUUCAGGAUGUGAGCAACAUUCGACAAGUCCCUGAUCAUCAGGAGGUUUUUGCGGACCCUGCGCGUGAUGAGAGUCUGAUAUUUGAACUUUUAGAUCUGAAACUUGAAGUUGCCGACAAUGGAAGUGCCACCUGGUUUCUUCAAAACCUUGCCAGAGAGCAAGAUGCUGAGGGAGUCAUGGUUGGAGAUGAUGUGAUCCAGUAUUCAAGUUUACCUGAAUUGAUUGCUUCUAUAAAGAAGGCAACAUUAGAAGAUGUUAAUGGUUGUUUAGACAAUGGCAUAGAUCGAAAUUUCAUGGCUAUUCACCCGCUGUGGUAUAUAAUCAUCAUUUUGGUGAAGAUGAUUGAUGACUUGAUGAAGCUAAAGAGAGCUGUCGAUGAAGUUAUUUUCAGAGAAUUUGGAGAGCACAUUGAAUAA